GCCAGGGAGCACGAACAAUGGACAUUCCGCCGCCGGGCGGGGACGGCGAGGUUUCGGAGGAGUACUACCCGGCGGCCACCGUCGUCCCCUUCGACCCGCCCCUCCCUCUGCUUCGCGCGCCAGUCUCGUCCUCUUCCUCCGCCUCCAUCGACCCCCCCGUCCUCGCCUUCCGCGACGCCGCGAGCUGGCGCGCCGCCUGGGAGGCUGCCGAGGCCAGCCUCUUCUCCCAGUGCGAGGCUGGUGCACGCUCCGGCUGUUCAAUCACUGCAACACGAAAAUGCAAGCCCCCCUGGUGGAAAGGUUUGUUUGGAGGUGCAACAACCAACUAUCAAGAAAGAGAAGAAUGCGAAGAACGAGAAAUGGCUUCUUGUCUUGAAUCAGCAAAGGAGGCUUGCAUUAAGUUUUCAAAGCAAAAAUGUAAUGCACCAUUCCGAGAUGCAAGGAUUGCCUCUGAAGGUCUCCUUGAAAAUACCGAUUUUGCUGUCUGGGAUGCCGGGCAUAACAAGACAGCAUCAGCAUCCUUGUCUAUUGCAAACAGCAGCUGCUCAUCCAAUCCUGGGCUUGUUGGCACAAACUACAAAGGAAGUGACUUGCUAGACAGCUUGGCAUCUGAAGGCAGUAGCAACUCAGGGCGAUGACUUAUCAAAGGCACCACUGUGGCCAGCGCUUAGGAGAACGCACAUAUUAUUUGGAGCUGGAUUCAUCAUCAAUGAAAUAAUGGUAUAUGGCAUUGUCGAGGCUUGUGUUCUCCUGUUAUGUGGUUUUCUGUUGCUACAGUUGGCUCCAUGGCAAGAAAAAUAGUGAACAACUAAUUGAUAGAAGAAGACUGCGGCUGGGAGGCUUGAGAUUGAAUGGCUAGCAUUCUGAAGUCUCGCGAGGCCAAGAAGAUUAAGAAUAUUUGGAUAUUGUUUCCUGCUACUGUUGAUUUUGUGAUGCUGGGCAAAGGCGACACAAGAUGCAAAAGCUGUACAUCAAAUUCAUAAGGGGUGUAUUGUGUAGCAGUAGCAGUAUCGGUGAAUAUGUAGUAUAUGUUGAUCAUUUGUUGCUGUAAAUAAAUCACGCCCAGCUGAAGUCGAUGAAAACCUCACUAUCCAAGUGCCCAUCUGGUUGUUUUAUCAA